AUGAAAUGUCAAAGUGAAGAUAAAAUGAGCGAAUUGUCAGCUGUAGUAGGUGCUCUCUUAGACGGACUGAACGACAAAAGUGACCAAGUAACAUCCUGCAUCAACGAAUCAAUCCGUCAGAUAUCAACCCGCAGCCCAGCAGUAGUUCUCCACGCGACAAUAUAUUAUUUCGAGUUGCAUAAAAAAAUAACACCAGCUCAUACAUCAGCUAUUCUGCGUAUCAUCACGGACACUUUAAACAGCAUUAGUACCACUAAUCCCACCACCGACCCCAAUGAUAAUUCCAUUGAAAAUUCCAAUGACAAUUCCAAUGAAGAAUCAAACUCAAGCCACCAAACAUUAGAAAUGCCUACCCUGGCGGAUUCCGUAGCCGAAUUAGCCGUGGAAAAGCUUUCAGAAUUCGAAGUAGAAGCAACCGAAGUGCUAGUCGCGCUAGGUAAUAGUUUCUGCAACCAAGCAAUCGGCAACAUCUUGAACAAGUUUGAAUUCGGUAGCAUCCCCAAGUCUUCAGCAAUGAUCCGAGCCCUGGGACUGAUCGCCGCGAGCAAUCCAUACGACGUGGUGCCUUUCAUAAAACUGACCUUGACAUUCGUGCUGCCUUUCUUGAACCAAGCACAAGAAGAACACCAGAAGCUAGCACUGUGCUUCGUGGUAGGAAAAUUCGCUGAGGCGAUAAACGAGUACCUCGGCAACCUAGGCAUGAAUUCAGAAUCUCGUAUCACCCGUGACAGCUUCGCCGAAGAAGCGAGUUUUGUCUUCGAGUUCCUGACCGGUAGUUCCUGGUUGAAGCCAGUAUCAGCAACCAAGAACCGGCUGGCUGAAGCAGUGUUGAGCGCACUGUGUCCAAUUCUGCUGCUUCUGCCAACCGGUAAGAAUCUAAACGAAACAAUAAAGCUGAUCCCGUCGGUACUAAACUUCUGCAAGCACCCAACGACGCGGUUCGCUGCUACCAAGCUGAUAGCCACCAUUCUGAUCGACAACGACCGCCACAACGACAACCAAGCCAGAGAAUUGUUGCGUCCUCACCUGGAACCGAUCCAGCAGAUUCUCUUCGAGCUGGUCAACGUGACUCCUGCCUUUGAAACAAGGUCCAGUUUAUCCAGAGACGCUCUGCUGACUCACUAUGAAGUUCUCCAGUGCUACCGGGCGAUAGUCACUCUGUACCCAGAAGAAGGGCUGGACCUGGUCCUGCACCACUUGAGAUCUCCAGCUCCGCAGUCGCAUCGCGGCAGGGCUCUGGUGAUCAUAAGACACCUGAUCAACACCCUGCCCACGGAGGAUGACCUUUCGCUCCAGCGAAUCGCUCUGAGCAUCCAGAAUAUCCUUGGAGACAGUGGAGGUGCCACAGUUCGUUAUCUAGCUGGUCCGAUAAUUGCGCUGCUGGCGCAUCCUAGUCUUAAUCUCUUGCCUUCGCAGCGCGCAAACUUGAUCCGCUUCAUCAUAAUCCGGUGUGGUGAUGAUACAGAGAGCCAAGCGUACGAAGAAGCUUUGUUCUUGCUAGCUAACACAGUUGCUGGAGCUGAAAACUGGCUCUGGACUGCUUUGCUAAAGGCCUUGCUGGAUCCAACGUAUUCAUUGGCAGUCGUGCCGAUUCUUCGGGGCCUGGCGGCUCUGGUGGGAAAAGUAGUUCAUCAGAUGGACAAUGAAGGGAGCAACUCUUUCAAGGAAUUUUCUGGAUCGAAAGUCCUUAAAAGAUGCUUGGAAUUGCUGGAUGAUGAUAAAAAUUGCCUGGCAGUGGUGUCAUUUUUAAAAUCCGCGGCUCCGUUGUUCGGACACCAGCUAAAACCCGAGUGGGACAUCUCGCUGGGAAAGAUAUCUUCUAUUCUAGAAGAAGGGAAUGAUGAGUGGAAAAACCAAAUGGUAGAGCUUAUGGAGACCAGUCGGCUGUUAGAGGGCGCUGAUUGGGCUGGAAAGCUUUCCAAUGAGAUGGUUCAGGGAGAAACUAUUAAAAGUUCCACGACUAUUUAUCUCGCAGCGGUUACUGAUAAUCCUAAUCACUUGUCUACUCUUGUAGAUCUUUCAAGACUUAAUCCCUUUAACGAAGUGUAUUCUCAAGCGGUAGGAAUUGCAGCCAAGCGCCACCUGUCGGUAAUUAUGACCAGGAUGCAAGAAGCAUGCGACGUUAUCGACAGCCAAAAGAAUCCCACAAAGUUAUUUGGGCUAAUGAAAAACGCGUCCGCUGUUACUGUAGUCGAAGCGACUAAAGCAAGCUUGCUUCGUUGUUACGGAGAAAUUUUUGCAACUGCUAAGGAUUCUGAGCUAGUUUACAAAACUUACAUUGCGGAGAACAAACACGUGCUGCCGUGGAUUGUCAAGCAGCUGACGGAUUGCAAGGAAGUUACUACUAAAGAAGCCGGGCUGUUUGCUUUGGAACAAUUGGCCAAGAUUGUCGCAGCUAAGCCGAAUUCUGAAGAUCUUACUUCGAGUGUUGUGCCAAGUUUGAAGACCAAGGGGGCGUGCUUGGCGACUUUGCUGUCGCUUUUGCAGUCUCACACCGGGUACAGGCCGAUUCAGCUGUACCCGCAGCUGCUGAAGACGAUGAUUGCAUUGCUAAAAGUCCCACCGAUGCUGACUGUUGAGGAGCAACAAGUGCUGAUGGGGACCAUUUUGGACAAAGUGAUCGGCUCUAGUGCGGAAAUCGACUUGAUUUUGAAGAAAGAAUCUAAAAAUUAUGUCGUCCAGAGGCUUGGAGCAGUCAGUAGUGCAAUGGUCGGUGAUUCUGCUAACAAUCUAGCUGAAUUUGUAGAGAUUAUCAUGCCCUGGAUGGAGUCUAAGACUCCAGUGGAGCGCAAGAUGACCUUGCUGGUUCUUAGAACCACUUUAAAGUCUUACUGCCAUGCGCUUAAGUACACCUACCCUGAAGGAAAGUUAGAAGCUGGGAAGCUUCUGGGUAGAAUAAUCUGCUGGUCAGCAGACUCUGAGCGUCUGCUCCGGCCGAUUAUCAUCGACUCUUUAGCUCUGACUCUAGAAAUAGCCGCAAGACAUCACAGCAGUGGUCACCCAUUUGUGGAAGGAAGCAACGAUCUGGAAGAAUCCAAGCUCCGGUUGAUCAGCGAAGACAUCAAGUCCCCUGACGACGUCUACGAAGGCGUUUUGAUGCUCGCCAAGACAGUCUGCCAAAGAGUGACUCCUGGAGAAGUGGUAGCGAUGGCCGAGGGCUUGAUAGAAGGAUUCUUGCUAAGGGAAGAAAACUCCCUAGCAGCUGGAAUCACCCUGAGCCAGUUGUUCCGGAUCAGAGGCGAUGAAAUCCCCAGGUCUGACUUGUACCUGAUUGACAAUAUCGUGACCCAGAUGCGCCAGAUAGAGAAUGCCAGUUGCAGGCACGCUGCCGCAACUGCCAUCAAAUCUCUGACUCUCCAUCACCCGGAAGAGGUGAUAGAGCACCUGCUGCACCAACCCUUGCCCCCUGACCGCGGUACUGAGGAAAGCUGGAGGGAACUGGGCAGUGAUGAAGAGACAGGCUUAGUAGCGGUUGAUUUCCUGGUGAACCGCUUGGAGAACAACAAUCUGUUCGCGGAAGCUCCAUCUCCAACCAACGGAUCCUUGACCAAUCGCAGUGAUGUCAACAAAACAGCUUCCCUGGCGUCUCUAGCAGCAGUGAUAGCUCUAGGACACGUUCUCCAAUCAGCAAAGUCAGAACUGUUGAUAAAUUCACGGCUUGCUGAGCUAAUCACCUGCUUGAUAAAGUACCUGGCUGGUUGGUUGCAUGCAGACACGCCUGCUUCUGUCUUGAGUACCAAGUUUGGGUUUGUUCCCAAUCGCAAGGCCUGCAAGUUGAACCCUUAUAGGCAAGUCUACACAGUUUUGACGAACCUGCUGACUGUCAUUGAUAUCAACGUUGCCUCAGGGCUGCUGAAUGACAACCCGAGGUUUGAAUCCGACACCCAGGCCAGUGAUAGCUUGAUAUCUACAGUGCGUUCAGUCCUCCGGUGUUUUGGAAGGAAGGUUGGGUCUAAGGACGACUUGCUGAUCUCCGUAGCUCAAUCUAUCGGGAAGUUGGUGACCAGCCAGAUAGCCACUCAAAGAGCCGUAGCGAUUGCGUUUUACGGAGAGCUGAUCGGCCAGGUUGAUGCGGACCCAAUUUGGCUGGACUCCAUCAUCACUACGUUGUUAGAAGCCAGGUCUGAUUCUUCCUUUCUGGUGAGGAAACUAGCGAUCCAAGGACUGUCUAAUAUCAGCAAGCUGGAUGCCCAGCAGCUGAAUGAGUUCUAUGACAACAGUGUGGCGGCGCUGCUAGACGGGUUGGAGGAACUGCCGACCAAUGGCGGGCUGGUAGCUGGUGGAGGUAGCCAGGUGAUUCUUGAAUCUUUGAGAGGCUUGGAGACUCUGCUGGGGCUUCAGACUACCGGCAGGGCUGUUAGUCCGAGAGUUGUGUUGUCCUUGAAGUCUUUUGUUGACAAGCAGGACAACUGGGACAUACGGCUGGCUGCCGUUGGAGCGCUGGGAGCUGUUUCUCGCGGAUGGUUGAAAUCUUUGAAGACUUAUGAUGAUGAUGACGUUUCUGAUCACCUUCUGGGAUGCUUGCCUUGUUUGACGGUCAGGCUUGAGGAUGUUAAUAGUCUGGUUGCGAAAGCUGCUCGAGAAACUCUGGUUAGCUUUUCAAAUCUUCUGCAGUCUUUGUCUCUUGCUCAGGUUAUCAGAGGACAUCUUUCUUCUAAUGCUGAGUUUGAUGUUGAACAUUUCUACCGGGAGCUGGUUAAGGUCUUGGUGAUUGACCUGCCGGUCAGGGCUCAGGAGAUGAGGAAUGCCAUGGUUCGUGGGUACUCCAGGUCAGAGGUUGCUGCUACUCGCGCUACUGCGGUUCUUAUCUUGGGGUUCUUUGGACAGCCCAGGCCUGAAGAUGUUCAAAGGAUGCUACAGCUGCUUAGGGAUAAGGACAAUAGUGUUAAGUCCAGGGCUGCUAGGGCACUCGCUUUUGGGUUUACUACUUGA